CACGCACUGGGUGACUGGGUGAUCUUCCACCGGCCCAUCAAGCUAUCAAACUCUGGCCAUGUUGCCCAUCCGUUGAGAUAGCAAGUCAGGACCAUCAGUCCUUCGACCUUCGUACUUUUUGCUGUUGGUCCGGAGACCCUGCCGAAUGCCAGCUCUCCCAGCAGCAAUAGCCGACAAUGACCGACACCAGGGACUACGCAAAUCAGUCCCAACCUCCACCCCAAUCAAGUCCAUCGUUGCUCAAUCAUUCCGCCCGUCAACCAUCAUGGACCGGUUCCGCUGACGGCGCGGCGGGCAAUAAUGCAUCGCCUCUCCACAGCAGAAAGCGCUCCGCCGACCAUCUUCCCGCCGAACCACAUAUCUCACGCAAAGGCCGAGCAUGUCUGGCAUGUCGCAAACUGAAAGUCAAAUGCGACAGUCUCGAGCGCGGCGACGCUGGGUGCUCACGAUGUCAACGUCUGGGACUCGACUGUGUCACUUUCAAACGUAUGCGCCUGAGCAUAGACGAUGAAGAUGGCCAUCCUCCACCUUCCGUGGCCCGCCUGGACCGAGCCGUUGAGGACAUCCUCGCACACCUCAAGAUGCCUCCGCUCGAGUCGUACUCCACGACGGGUCCUCGUUCACAUUCUCAAUCUAUGUCUGUGCUGCCCGAGUCCCAAUCCCAGAUGAUCCAAAGUCAAACCCAACUACCGCAACCGUCGGUAAUGGGACAAGGACAACAGUUCCUCGCAGCACCAGAACCCACAUCGCAAAGUCAGACGACGCGUGAAAACUCCCGCGAGCCAGGCACGGUGGGCGACGAGAACCCGUCUUCAGAAAUGGCCCCGGCCCCGAUGGGCUCUCUCUACGAAGUCACGCAACUCAACACUCUCCGCAGCCGGCUCAAGUACGGCGAUCCCGCCCGGCGCAACUCGAAGAAGAACUUGAACAUGGAACAAGACCUCGUGUCGCUGGGUCUGAUCACCCUCGCCGAAGCCGAAGACCUCUUCUCGCUCUUCAAAACGACUCUGUCACGCUACCUGUUCGACGCCACGAUCCAGGAAUCCCGCACACUCCUCUCCGUCCGCGAAUCGUCCACCUUGUUCUUCACGGCCAUCAUCACGGUGACCAGUCUACACAUCCCAGGCCGCGAGAAAACCUACGCCCUCGCGCACAAGCACCUACGCGACUUGAUCGCCACGAGCUUCUUCGACCGCUUCCACACGCUCGACGACGUCCGCGCCCUCUGCAUCGCCGCGUUUUGGUUGCCCGACCUCUCGUGGAAACUGUCGGGCCACUGCGUGCGCAUGGCCACCGAACUCAAUCUACACCAGGCCUUUUAUAAGGCCUUUUACUCACCACUGGGCACCAAGACUACGGCGUCCAAACUCGAGCAUCUCGAGCGUGCACGGCUCUGGUAUUUGUUGUAUGUGCUGGAUCACCACUUCAGCAUCGCAUACGGUCGACCGCCCGUGACAGCCGAGCUGCAGGCGAUUAAGGAGUAUGAUGUGUUUCUCAAUGCGCCGGAGUGCACGCCGAGCGAUCGUCGUGUUCUGUCGCAGGUCACGCUGUUUAUAAUCCUGAGUCGCGCAUACAAUCAUUUCGGCCUCGAAGCCGAGAGGCUGAUGGACGGCGACGACGGCACGUUGACGACGCACGCGCGGUUCAUGGAGGAAUUGGACCGUUGGCGGUAUCAGUUCCGGCAUGCGUUGAAUCGAGAUGCACACAUUGGGGAUUAUCCUGCUGUUGGUGUCGAUUUACAUUAUUACUUUGCCUCGAUGAUGCUCAACUCCCUCGCGCUAAGAGGCCGAUCGCUGUUCACCAUCUCAUCGACCUCAACGCUGCCGAGCAGUCUUCGCCCAUUGGCCUCUCAGGCUAUCAACUCAGCGCAUCAGAUCCUUAUCACUGUGCUCGACGAACCUUCGAUACGAGACUCCAUGGUUGGUGUGCCGUUAUACCUACAUACCGUCAUCGCAUUUGCCGUGGUCUUCCUCAUCAAGAUGUCGUCCCGAUGGGCUGGCAUUGGCGUUUCCAUCAAUCCCGAGCAGAAGACAAAGCCGUUGAUCGAAGCGGUAAUCUCUUUAUUCCGGAGCUGUAGAGCUGGCAAGAAUCACAUUCUGUAUGCCAUGGCCGACGGCUUUGAGAGAUUGCUCCGCAGCAAUAUGGGACAGGUUGCAACCGUAAAAGCAGAGAAUGGCAAUGCUUACGGACAGAGUCCCGCGAGUACACGGCCCAACAGCCAACAAGCUGGGGGCUUUGCCCAUCCUGCACAACCAAUAGCUCAACAACCUCCUUCAGACAUGUAUAGCGCAAACACACCAACCAUCCUUGCUCCGCAGCACAAUACCAUGUCUCCGAAUGCAUAUACACCGCAAUCUCAGUCCCACCCAAAUGCUGGCGGUAGUUAUGAUGCCUAUCUCUCGCCUAAUAGCCAACCCACUUCGACUGGGACGUUCGGCGGCUGGCAGACUGAAGAUGAUAUGCUCUGGAGUAUGGGCAUGGGUUAUGAUCUGCUUGCCACGGCGCCUGAUGUCAAUGCCCAAGGGUUUCUGGGGUGGCCUGGUAGCGGAUCCGGCGAUGUAAGCGGACUCGGAUAUGGUGGACUUUGAGAGGAUGCAUCUUUAACCAGUAAGGUCGACAACGAAAAUUUCUGUUGUGGUCGUUGAGUGUGAUACCCAAGAAAGCCGUAAAUCCCUCAGAGGUCUGAUUAUGCUAGAGAUGGACAGUAGGGAU